GGCUUCGUUGACCGUUGCCUCGCCUCUGCAGUGGGCCACGCCGUGCUGGCCAUCAAUGGCAUGGACGUGAACGGCAAGUACACGGCGGAUGGCAAAGAGGUGCUGGAGUACCUGGGCAACCCUGCUAACUACCCGGUGUCCAUCCGAUUCGGCCGGCCCCGCCUCACUUCCAAUGAGAAGCUCAUGUUGGCCUCCAUGUUCCACUCGCUAUUCGCAAUUGGCUCCCAGUUGUCUCCUGAACAGGGCAGCUCAGGCAUUGAGAUACUGGAGACAGACACAUUCAAACUGCACUGCUUCCAGACACUAACAGGGAUCAAGUUCGUGGUGCUGGCAGACCCUAGACAAGCUGGGAUAGAUUCUCUACUCCGAAAGAUUUAUGAGAUUUACUCAGACUUUGCCCUCAAGAAUCCAUUCUACUCCCUGGAAAUGCCCAUCAGGUGUGAGCUGUUUGACCAGAACCUGAAGUUAGCCCUGGAGGUGGCAGAGAAGGCUGGAACUUUUGGACCUGGGUCAUAGGCUGAACCUGCAACAAUCCCCCCACCCAACCCCAACCCUGCCUUCCUAAUUCUGAGAGAUCCUGUAGCAGGGGUCUUGCUGAUUCCACUCCAAUGGAAAUCCCAGAAGCCUUGUUAGUACACUUGGGGGAGGGGGUUUUGCUGAGAUUGAUGAGAUGACACAUACUGAUCCCUGAGCCUUAAUACUAUGCUCUCUUCCCCUCCUGUAUCUAUCAUGGUACUACUUCCCAACUCUGUACAGAUUUAUUUAUGGAGGAGGUAGGCCCAUAAAUGCUGUAAUAAACAUUCCUUUGAUCUCA